CAGGGUUGUAUUUCUGGGUCUGGCGAAUGCUGGAAAAUCUACCUUGAUGGACUUACUGCGAUACGGAAAACUCAAGCAACACCAACCCACAUUUCAAACAAGAUCUACAGCUAUGAAGUUUGGUGACGUGACAUUCACAGUUUACGACCUAGGAGGUCAUGUUCAAGCCCGGAGAGUAUGGCGAGAUUAUUUUCCGGCUGUGGACGCCGUGGUUUUUGUCAUUGACGCUGCUGAGCGGGAAGCCUUCGAGGAGUCUAGUCAGGAACUACAUCGAAUCCUUUCGGAUGAAGACAUUAGCGAAGUUCCUGUUCUCAUCCUAGGCAAUAAGAUUGAUCGAGCCGACGCCGCCAGUUACCAAGAGCUGAUAGAUUCAUUCCGACUGUGCAUGGUACUCACAGGCAAGGAUGGCAAGCCACGUGAAAGCCUACCUAGUCGUCCUGCAGAACUCUUCAUGACGUCACUGGUGGGAAAACAGGGAUAUGGCGAAGCCUUCCGAUGGCUCAGUAGAUAUAUCUGAUACGUGAUUCACGG